AUGUGGCAGUGGGAUGCAUUACCAGAAAAGUUCCGACAAAACCCUCACAUCUCACUAGACUGGGAACAUGUCUUUGUUGAUGCUAAUAAAUAUAAAGCUACCGAUGAGUCCACUGAGGAAGGAAAUAAUGGCAUUGGCGAAAAUCUUAAAAGGGAUCUACAAGGUCAAAGAACUGGCAUACCCAGGCAGAGAGCCAGAAAUCCUGAAGACCCAAUAAGGCAGGAAGCAAUGGUGUGUAGAGAGAAACUAAAAGAGCUAACAUCAAUAACAUACAACAUUGAAAAUUUAAAUGGCCUUAAGGAACUUAAUACUUCUCUGGAAUUAUUAGUCAACAAGUUUAAAAAAUGCCAAACAAUUGAUGAAAAGGAAAACUUUCCACAGACAUUGCUCAACAAACAGGUUAAGUCAAAUGGUAAAUCAUCUGCUGGGCAUUACCUUCCACUACCUGUGCGGCCCAAGAAAAACUGGUACAAAAACAGAGUUGGGGCAUUUGCAUCUAUGAUGCAAAAGCACUACAAAGUGAAUGUCCCUGUGAAUGGUGCCUCUAGUACCUCUGACAAAACCCAAACCAAAAAAGAGUCUGAAAAGAAAAAACAAAUCAGGCCUCAAAUAUUCCACACCAGCUAAGAAACAACGACGAGACUGGGGACAACCACCCCAGAAUGUGCCGACAUUGAAUAGUGAAACAUCCUCUUCCAAUGGCAUAAAUGAUGCUCCCACUCCUGCACCCACAGAAAAUUCAAAACCACAGUCAGCUCCACAGAAGCACACUCUCCUGAAUGAAUCUGGUGAAUCAGCUAAAGAAAACACAGAUGAGCACAACUGCAACAGUCCCUGUGAUCCAGUCAUCCCUUCCUGUAAAUCACCUGUAAUUAUUGUCAAUGAUGAUUCUCCUGAUCCUCCAUUGUGGGUGAAAUUAGAAAAUUGCAAUCCUGAUGAUCCUGAAUCUAAACUAAUUCUUUAUCACGCAAGCAAAAGUAGUAUUCUCAACAAAACCAGCUGGCUAACAGAUUCAGAAAUCCAUGCAGGGCAGCUUCUCCUAAAAAAAAUUUCCAUUUCUAGAUGGCCUAAAUGA